AUGACCGAUGCACCAUCACCACUCUCCGAUUCCCGAUCCAAGAUCACUCAUACCAGCCCUCUCACCAGCCAUUCUCUCAGUGUAAGGGCAGCCACAAGACGAUUCAAGAAACGCACCACCGUGGCAUCCCUCGGACGCUCCACUAUGCCUUAUGCUUUUCACUCCAACCACCGGUUUCUCUUCCGCACACCCAAACCUUUUGAACUGGGAAAAAAGAUUGAUUUUCUUUCUUGCCUGCCUUUUGAACUCGCCACACACAUUCUUUCCUUUUUGGACAUGCAAUCACUGAUUGCUGUGUCGUCUGUGUCUAGAACAUGGUUCAGUCUGUAUCGAGCCAAUGAUAUCUGGAAACACCGCAUGUGGGAGAUGCAAUGGUCCGUUAAUUUAUCCCCUGAAGUUGCCUUGGCUCAGCAGAUCGACUGGUAUCACUUAUACAAACAGCGCUAUCAACUUGAACGACGUUGGAUACAGGGCAAAGUCGUUACCCACUAUCUGAUUGGCCACAUUGACAGUGUCUAUUGUCUACAAUUUGAUGCGGAAAAAAUUAUUACCGGCAGCCGCGAUCGAACCAUCAAAUUUUGGGAUAUGGCCACCUACCAGUGUGUGCGUACAUUGCAAGGUCACGAUGGAAGUGUGCUGUGCUUGAAAUACAAGGACGAUUUCAUGAUUUCCGGAUCCUCCGACACCACCAUCAUUGUCUGGGAUAUGCGUACGGGCGAACCUAUCCGCCGAUUGACUGGUCACACUGCAGGUGUACUUGAUGUUUGUUUCGAUCAUCGUUAUAUCAUCAGCUGUUCCAAGGAUACCAGUAUUCGGAUAUGGGAUUUCAACACGGGCGCUCUGUUGCGUACCAUUACCGGUCAUCACGGUCCAGUCAAUGCCUUGCAGUUGUGCGGAAACAAUAUUGUAUCUGCCUCGGGUGAUGCGCUGAUCAAAAUGUGGGACGUCACCACGGGCGCCUGUAUACGCGAAUUUGCUGGCCAUACGCGUGGUUUGGCAUGUGUUCAGUACGAUGGCCGACGUAUCGUCAGCGGAUCCAACGAUCAAACAAUCAAAGUCUGGGAUGCAGAGACCGGUGAAUGUCUAAUGAAUUUCUUUGGCCACACAGACUUAGUUCGUACACUACAUUUUGAAAAGGACAAGAUCGUGAGCGCCAGUUAUGAUCAAAGUAUUCGUGUGUGGGAUAUGAAGACGGGAGCAUGUUUACUCAAUUUCCAGAGCGGGCAUUCCAGCUGGGUUCUUGAUGUUCAUUUUGACAAAAAUCGCAUCGUGAGUGCGAGUCAUGACCAGCGCGUCUUGAUCAUGGACUUUUCCCAAGGGCUGGAUACGCAUUGCUUUUCCUAA